GUGAGCGAGCGGCUCGCGGCCGAAAGCUCGCCGAGGUGAACGAGUGCUUCCCGCGGCGUCCCGAUCGCCCGGGAAGCGUUUCGGAGGAGCAUAAGCCACUCUCCCCGGCGGAAGGCCUCCGCGCGGCGCUCGAGUUCGCGGGGCUCGAUGCGGGACUGGCCCGGCUCACGGUGGAGGAGCAUGCGGGGUGCGAGAAAGAAAAGUUUCCAACCUCGCACGACGGCAUCAGGGCUCCGUUCCUCGACGGCUUGUUGGAGGCCCGUGCGGAGCGCAAGGCGGAGGACUCCCCGAAGUUGGCCGAGCCGCAUUCCAGCACUUGCUGCAUCGACGCGUGUUUCGGCAACAGUGCGGGGAGCGGGGGGCACAGGUGCUGGGCUUCCGCAUUCCGGCGGCCCCCCGACUUCUACGCCAAGCAUGACCGGGCGCUGGGGACGAUUUUGCAACAGCGGGGCUAUCCCUUUUCGACUUUCUUGCCGACUCUGAACCCGGUGCUGCUGGCGAAGCGCCUGAUUUGCACAUGGUCUUGGCUGCUGCACGCUGGACUGCGGCCCCGGGGCCCAGUCCCUUGCCGGCGCGGGGUCGCUUAA